AUGGGUCUCAGUCCUCCUCCCAAGCAUCAGUUACAAAGCAUCUAUGAGUACGCUCUGGACUAUAUCUAUGCAACGCAGCACUCCAGCAACCGUGAUCUUAUGAAAGAAAUGGUGGUUUUGGAAUGUAUGGCCAACCUUAUUGCGACGUAUGGGCAUCUCGAUACCUUCCGUGAGCUCGCACACGGCGUUCCAAAGCCGGACGACGAUGAGAUCAUGCUCGCCGAGCGGCUUAUUAGGGAGAGCCUUGCUGGACGAAUGGGGUUGUCUGUCAAAAAGUCUAUAGUGGGAGUGCAAGCAAGAGUCACGUUCUGGCUGCAACGUUCCGUCUGCCUUGCGCUAAACGGCACUACUAAGUAA